CGCCAGUUGUGGACAGAACUGACGGCCGAGUGGAGGUGCCAUGCUGCCGCGCCGCCGCUCCGCCCCGGCCAGCUCGGCCGCCGGCUCCACCCCGGCACCCGCCGGCGAGGGCGAAAAGUGGUGGCCUGGCGGCAUCCCAGUUCGUCCACGAGGCUCCCACUACUCUGGGAUGGAGUUUGCUGACUUCAUCCGCACACCCAAGUGUGACCGAGUGGUGCUACACCAGCCGCUGUGCCCACCUCUGGAUGGGACUCUCUGCAUCACUGGACAUCACUUCAUCUUCUCUUCCAGACAAGAGGAGGCACAGGAGGUAUGGGUGCUGCACCGGAUGAUCGAUGGUGUUGAGCGGCGUCCAAACGGCAUGAUGGGCGGCGCCGUGGCCGUCAAGUGCAAGGACCUGCGCGUCCUCGUGCUCGACAUCUACGGAGUGGAGGAGUUCAACAACAUCGCCCACACGCUGGAGACGCUGUCCAACGUCGACGACAUUCGGCUGGCGUACCCGUUCUUUUUCCGCUCAAAUCUGGGCGGGGAGGACGACUGGUCCGAGUUUUCCACCGAGCACGAGUUCUCCAAGCUGAUUCUGAGCAGCGACGAGUGGCGCAUCAGCCACCUCAACAGCGACUUCAAGGUGUGCGAGAGCUACCCGCGCAGUGUGGUGGUGCCCAGCUCCGUCACUGACGAGGAGCUGAUCCGUGUGGCGCUGUUCCGACACGGUGGACGCUUCCCCGUGCUCAGCUACCGACACGACAAGGGCUCGAUCCUGCUGCGCAGCUCCCAGCCAAUGACGGGAAACCAGCGCCGCUGCCGAGAGGACGAGAAACUCAUCAACGCGGCGCUCGGCUCCAGUGGACAGAAGGGCUACAUCAUCGACACCAGGACGCAGAACCUGGCCAUGUCAGCCAAGAACCGCGGCGGCGGGUACGAGCCGGAGAGUCACUACCCGCAGUGGCGGCGCGUGCACAACAAGCCGAUCGACCGUCAGGCGGCGCAGCUGGACUCUCUGCAGCGCCUGGUGGACGGUCUGAGCGACACUGCCCAGGGCAUGGACCGCUGGCUGGGCAGGCUCGUCUCCUCCAACUGGAUGUCGCACGUCAAGGACACGCUCAACUGUGCCUGCUUGGUGGCCCAGUGUCUUGACCAGGAGGUCACCUCGGUGCUGGUGCACGGGGCGGACGGUAUGGACUCGACACUGCAAGUCAGCUCUCUGGCCCAGCUGAUCCUGAACCCGGACUGCCGUACCAUCCGAGGGUUCCAGGCGCUGGUGGAGCGCGAGUGGCUGCAGGCCGGCCACCCGUUCACCUCGCGCCACCGUCACUCGGUGUUUGCGCCGGCCGCCAGCCGCGACCGGUACCAGGGCGUGGCGCCCUCGUUCCUGCUCUUCCUCGACUGCGUCUGGCAGGUGACCAACCAGUUCGUCACUUCGUUCCAAUUCAACGACGCCUUUCUGCUCGACCUGUUCCAGCACUCGUACGCCUCGCAGUACGGCACUUUCCUGGGCGACAACGUAUGUGAGCGCGAGCAGGUGCAGCUGCGCGAGCGCACGUGCAGUCUGUGGUCGCACAUGAACAGCGUGGAGGUGCUGCCGCGCUACCUGAACCCGCUCUACGAGCCCAACAAGCGGGUCAUCUGGCCGAGCGUGGCGCCCAUGAGUCUGACGCUGUGGCCGGGCCUCUACCUGCGCUGGACGGUCGACCUCAGCGCGCAGCGCGCCGCACUAGCCAGGGCGCACGAGAUUCACGCGGAGCACGGUCAGCUGCGCGCCAAGGCGUCCAAGCUGCGGCGCCGGCUGCAGGAGCUGCAGCAGGAGGCCGUGCGCCGGGACCUGCUGCAGCUGGCGGUCACACCGGACGCCAACUGAGCGCAGGCGGUCAGCGGUCGGUCAGGAACUGUCAGCGGUCGGUCCGGGACGGCGGGGCUCGGCUGGGACCCACCUGUCCGGCCUGUGGAUGAGACGGGGUGAUCUCCCGGGAGAGCGGAGCGCGUCCGACGGGCGGCUUCCGUUGGGGGGGGGGGGGGCUGGGGUAGAAGACUGCAGGCGGCGCUGAUUGUGAGGAAUGCGGAUGGCGCCGCCGACGGACCGUCUGUAUACUUGGUCUGUUGAUGGACCUUCCGUGGACCAUCACACGACCAUCGUUGGACCAAAUGCGGUCCCGGUCUGUUGGUGGACCAGCGUUGAACCAUCUGAACCAUCGUUGGACCACCAUCAGGCUUGGUCUGUUGGUUGACCAUUUGUGAACCGUCGU